AUGGACACCGCGCGAGGGGUCGCGUGCCUGCUCGUGGCGGUGAUCUGCUUGUCAUGCGCCGCUGCCGCCGCCGCGAGGUCGCCGACCGCGAGGCUGCACCGCCACCUCAAGCGGCUCAACAAGCCGGCCGUGAAGAGUAUCGAGAGUCCAGACGGGGACAUGAUAGACUGCGUGCACAUCUCACACCAGCCAGCGUUUGAUCACCCUUACCUCAAGAACCACACAAUCCAGAUGAGGCCGAACUACCACCCUGAAGGCCUGUACGACGAAUCCAAGACCUCCAGCAGCAGUGGGGAGAGGCCUAUGGUUCAGCUCUGGCAUCAGAAUGGGAUGUGUCCUGAAGGUACGGUCCCCAUCAGGAGAACGAAGAAGGACGACCUGCUCAGGGCAAGCUCAAUGCGGCGGUACGGCAGGAAGCGGCACACCACCGCGAACCCAAUGUCCGUCAGCCCCACCAUGCUCAACGAGGGUGGCCAUCAGCAUGCCAUAGCGUAUGUUCAGGGCGACAAGUACUACGGCGCCAAGGCGACUAUCAAUGUGUGGGAGCCCAAGAUCGAGCAGCCUAACGAGUUCAGCUUGUCCCAGCUCUGGAUCUUGGGGGGCUCAUUCGGGGAGGAUCUGAACAGCAUCGAGGCUGGAUGGCAGGUUAGUCCGGACCUCUAUGGGGAUAACAACACAAGGCUGUUCACAUACUGGACUAGUGAUGCAUACCAGGCAACAGGGUGCUACAACAUGCUGUGCUCAGGGUUCAUUCAGGUUAACAACCAGAUUGCCAUGGGAGCAAGCAUCUUCCCAACCUCAAGCUAUUUUGGCUCCCAAUAUGAUAUCAGUAUACUGAUCUGGAAGGACCCAAAGGAGGGCAACUGGUGGAUGCAAUUUGGCAAGGAUUACGUGCUCGGCUACUGGCCGUCCUUCCUCUUCUCAUACCUAGCGGACAGCGCUUCGAUGAUUGAGUGGGGAGGGGAGGUGGUGAACUCGCAGCCAGACGGCGUGCACACCUCGACGCAGAUGGGCAGCGGGCACUUCCCGGAGGAAGGGUUCAGCAAGGCGAGUUACUUCAAGAACAUCCAGGUGGUGGACAGCACCAACAACCUCAAGGCCCCCAAGGGGCUGGGCACCUUCACGGAGCAGUCCAACUGCUAUGACGUGCAGAACGGCAACAACGGCGACUGGGGCACAUACUUCUACUACGGCGGCCCUGGGAGGAGCUCCAACUGCCAGUAA